UCAAAGCAGUCCACGGUUCAUCAUCCGCUGAAGAGGAAAAGCAGCACGGCAACCUUGGGUUCCCGAAAACAACCAUCAAAGGGCUAUUUCUUCUGAAUAUAAUGAGUCGUGUGACUGGCUGGUUAGCGGUUUGUUAGUAAAUAGGAGGCUGGCUGGUGAGCUAGCAACAGCUUUUGUGUUUUAUUCGAAUUGAAAAGAGCCGAAGAGGCCGAGAUGGAUUUUUAAGGCAAUGAUGCGGUAACUGCACGGCAUCGGCAUGCACCAGGCACAGAAAAGCGAUUUGCGGGACUGCACCAUCACAACUGCCGAGCAGUUGGGCUCUAAUACCGUCCGUGGUAUAGCCGUGAGCCAACCGAUACCUCUCCUACUUGACAGGAGGAAGCUAACGUUAGCUAGUUAGCCUGUGGGCCCAUUCUCCUAACGUUUGCUGUUACAUCAAACCGUAACGUUACAAAUUAUACCCGUCCUAUUCUCAUACCAUAUUAAGAUGAAACCCCAAGACGUCGUCGCUGUAAAAUCCAGCUUGUGGAUCUUCGGUUACGGCUCGUUGGUUUGGAAACCAGACUUCAAGUACAAGAGGAGCAAGGUCGGUUAUAUAAAGGGGUACAAGAGACGCUUCUGGCACGGAGAUAAUUUUCAUCGUGGAGAUGAUGAAAUGCCCGGAAGAGUGGUGACGCUCAUCGAGGAGGAUGACGCAUGUACCUGGGGUGUUGCCUUCGAGGUGACUGGUUCUCAGGUCGAAGAGUCUCUCAAGUACCUGAACGUGAGGGAGUCGGUGAGAGGAGGCUACCUGACCCAGGCCUUAGAUUUCUUUCCGCAGGGCAUGAAUCAGUCACCUGUCCAGGCUCUGGUGUACAUCGCCACAGCUGACAACCCCAUUUACCUGGGUCCUGCAAGUACAGAGGAAAUAGCCGCUCAGAUCGCUGUGUGCAAGGGGAAGUCAGGCCACAACAUCGAGUACCUGCUUCGCCUUGCGGAGUUCAUGAGAGUCAGCUGCCCUGAUGUCGAUGACCCUCACCUGUUCUCUAUUGAGGCAGCUGUUCUUGCCACCAUUAGACCCAUAUUGUUAGCAUCUCAGAAACCUGUAUCUUCUAAUAAACACUAAACAUGUCACUGAAGCUAUCAGCAUCUUAGCCAAACACCAUUAAGGUCCUCCUGACAAAGUUAGCAUUGCCAUCCUUGGGGUAUAAUUGUGAUUUUAGUGGCUGUGUUCAAACAUUUACAGUAAAGGUACUGCAUUAAGGGAGCAUGGUAUUUUUGGUUGUUCUUAUUUUGAUUCUAUGGUGCGAGAUGUAUACUGUCAGUUUUCGUCAUGUGCUCUUGAAGUAUGUGGUGCUGUAGUACAAACACAUGCUUGUGACAAUGUAUUGCCAAAGUUUGUCAAGUUCUAAAGCCGUUAGCAUUUUAUUUCAAAUAUGUGGGCAUGACACCUCAAAACAUUUUAAUUUGCACUGAAGUAGAAUGCUGUAAUGCCAUUAUAAUUGUUGUCCUUUUGCACAUUAAACAUUCAACGAACCUGUA